AUGGUCUUGUGCGCCCCCUGUCCGCGUGCUGUGCAGGGCAACGCAGCGGACGUGUCUGCGAAGGAGGGAUCGCAGGAGACGGCGGUGACGCUCGUCGGCAUGGUCCUCGGGCUCCUCGCCGUCCGCGUCACCGACCAGAGGCCCCUACUGGCCUGGGGGGUUUUCCUAUCUCUGACCGCCGCGCACGUGUACUGCAACAUGCGCGCCGUGCGUGCGCUGGUCCUGCGGACCCCCAACACCCCCCGCCUGCGCAUCGUCGCCGCGGCCCUCGCCGCCGGGCGGCCCCUGCCGUCGCCCGCCGCCGCGAACGCAGCGGAGCCCCUCCUGCCGCCCCCCGUGGCGCGCCUCCUGCGACCCUGGGCCCCGCCACCGCCCUACGCCAUCACGCUUGGCGUCAGGGUCGGCCACGUCGCCAGCGACCUCGCGGCGCUGUGGGCGGACGAGCAGUACGCAAGUGCGAUGGCGGGGCGCGGCUACCUGGUGGUCCCGGCGCGUGACGGCGCGUCGUGCCGCGUGGUGCUCCGCGCCGACAACGUGGACAGCGCGACGGCCGCGCUGUCCGCGUGGAUACACGCGGCGGCGGCGAUGCACGUGUUCGCUGUGUUGCGCGACCCGAGCGCGGGCGGCGAGCCGCGCGCCGGGCGCGGGCGCGGCGUGCGUUUCCCGACGCUGCAGGAGGUCGCGGCGGUGCCGCGGCGAGCGGGCGGGGACGUGCGCGUCGCGGCUGUGGCGGUGGCGUCAGCUUGGAUGGACAGACACGCAGGGGCGCUGUGGCGGCGCAUGGCGGCGCAGGGGUGGCGCGUGGACGCGCGGGCGGCGCUGGAGGAUGCAGGGUAUCGCGCGACGUGGGGCGGGGGCGCGCCGGGCUCACGGGGUGCGUCACCGCGCCGCACGGCAUCGCCAAAGAAGGGGCGGUGA